AUGUCGCUCUUCCGCCCAAUGCUCCUCAGAGCCAAUCUCACCACCACCUUUCCCCGAUCGCCCAUCAGUCUCCGUAUCCUAUCCGUCCGCCACUCGAGCUCAACAACACCGGAAAAUGUCAUCCUCCCCCGCCUUCAAUCCGAUCUCAAAACCGCCAUGCGCUCCAAGAACAAGCCGGCACUGAACGCGAUUCGCACUCUCCAAGCCGAGAUUAUCAAUGCUUCCAAGACGGCAAAGCCCAUUGACACAGACGGUGCCUUGUACGCGCUUGUGCAAAGGCAAAUCAAGGCGAUCAGGACUGCGAUGCAAGAGUUCGAGGCAGCAAAACGGGAGGAUCUCGUGCAAAAGGAGCAAGAGCAGCUAGACGUGUUGCAAGCGUAUGCGGAUGAAUUCCCCAGGAUGACGGUGAGCGAGAUGGACGAGCUGGUGAUGAGCGUGGUGAAACAGACGGGGGAGGGCACGAAGCGUGUAGGAGAAGUCAUAGGGCGGGUCAUGGGGAAGGUGCAGGGGAGGCCAUGUGACGUUGAAUAUCUGAGGAAGAAAAUCGAAGAAGUGGUUGAGGCGAAGAAGUAG